GUUUUCUUACUAUCAGAGGUACUUCACUAUACAAAAGCAUCUAAUAAAUUACGUGAUUUCUUUGUGUUCCACAGGGGAGUGCAAGUAUGACUUCCAGGCUUGGGGGGAGUGCGAUCUGGCGACGGGAAAGAAGAACAGAACAGGCGUGCUGAAGCGAGCGCUCCUCGAUGCAACCUGCGCCGCCACUGUCACAGCCACCAAGCCCUGUGGGAAAAUCCCCAAGACUAAGCUGCAAGAUGCAAAGAAGCAAAAGAAGGACGGCAAGAAGCGAGAUCGCACCCAAAUGGACUAAUGAGGAUGUUUUUCCCUGUGAGGAAGGAAGAAGAGCUGGGAAGCACGUCCACUGCCCUAAUUCACCACGGUUCCUCUUUGUAUGUCCUGUAGAUUGACAGUAGGAGCCUUUAGAGCUUUGACAAAACCAGUUGAAAUAUGUCUUUUAGUGACAACAUUUUUAACUUUUUCUUCUUUCUAGCACCUGAUAAAAAACAGAAACAACUUGUAUGUUGCGAUAGGAGAUGUAAUACUCAGCGGUAGGGAAUACAAAAAGAGAUUUGUUUACUAGUGUUUUACCUAAUGAUGUUGUUUCUAGGAUUAUUUUCUUACGAAUAAAUAGGAUUUGUUAUACAGUUGAAUAGCCUAACUCUAAUUUGGAAAACUCUUGGAUCCAUGCUUAAUGAAGCAGUUUGCUAAAAGUGAAGCUCUAAACAUCUUUACUUAAUUAAUUUGUGGAGAAAAAAAGAUGUGCAUCUCUAAUGUCUCAAGUUAUUGGUAACGCCUUCCCCAUUACUCUAUGCUAUUGAUGUUUUUCUUCCAUUUCAAGUUAGAAUAAACAUAAGCUAGUUUUGUUUGGAGGCUGCAUGAAAAAGCUUCUCUACAAGUGUGCAAACUACUGCUGUUUUUAGUGUUUUUCCUCCUGCUGCUCUGUGGUACCUCAAUUUAUACCCACUGAUUUUUACCCUCCAGCUUUUGGCUAUAAAACGUUCUCGGUUGGAGUUAACAUUCCCUUUGUAUCCUCUUUCCAAAAAUAAAAAUGAAUGAAAAAUAAA